AUGGAAUGGUGCUGGGUGGGAUUGCUUGUGGUCUGUGUCACUGUGGCCCUCACUGGAAAUGUUGCUCUGCGAAGAUCGUGUAGCCAGAGCAGUACACUAAAUGAUAAUGCAAACAACUAUGGAGCAGCACUUGGUGUUGACGGCAGAGCCACAACAGAUGCCAGGGGCCCGCUAAGGACAUGUGCUCAUACAGAGCAAGAGUCAAAUCCCACCUGGACUGUGAACCUGAAUACUCCAGUUACAGAGAAGAUACAACACAUCAGACUUUAUCUUCGCAACGACCUUCAGGAGAGAAGCAACGGUAUGGAGAUAUUUGUGGGCAGCCAGAUGUGCUUCAACUGGUCAUCAACUGAACAUCCUCCUCCUAUAGCUAACGUCACCUGCCGCCAGCCACUGACAGGAACCACGGUCACAAUACGGAUACCUGGUCCACGGAAAUUCCUUACUUUGUGUGAAGUGCAGAUAUUUGUUUGCAGUGAUGGGUGGUUUUCUGAAGACUGUGACAAACGGUGCAGGUGCCUUAGCAGUGCUGAUCUAUGUGACAAGAUCACUGGUCGUUGUUCUAGGGGAUGUCUCCCAGGAUAUUAUGGAACCGACUGCCAAAGAGCAUGUCCAGAUGGUUACUAUGGCCUGGCCUGUGGCUUCCAGUGUGGCAACUGUGUGGAUGGUGAUGUUUGCAUCAAGACAAAUGGAACAUGUCCUGGACGAUGUGUAGCAGGGUGGAUCAACGACAGGUGUAAUCAGCCAUGCCCCGAAGGACAUUAUGGUGCCAAUUGUGCGUCUCCGUGUGGUCACUGUCUGGACACUGACGUCUGUGACAAGGUGACAGGCAAAUGUCCUGGAGGAUGCCAGCCUGGAUGGUGGCCAGAUUUCUGUUCACAGGCUUGCAGUGACGGUCGCCAUGGACACCACUGUCAGUCUGAGUGUGGCCAAUGUAAAAGAAACCUGUCUUGUAACAAGAUCAAUGGGACAUGCAAUCAAGGAUGUCAGCCAGGGUUUCAAGAACCCCUUUGUUCAGGUGGGAUGCAUUUUGAAUGUGAUGGAAGUUAUAAUUUCUCAUUAUAUUGCAGACGUCUGGCAGUUAGAUGA